AACCCACAAGCUUCCCUCACAGCGGACCCUCAGGUUUUCAAGAGGGUGAUCGCGGUUCUAAAGAGUGUCUGCAUAGAAUUUGCGCGACUUCAAACAACACAGACGAUAAGUUUCGUUACCUUCUCCCCCCCCGUUGCCAGCUUGCCUGGCUGUCCUGGCAACAGCAGUCUUUAUUGCCACAUCGUGACUUGUGGAAAUUUCUCCGAGCACAAAAAAGAAAACAUCCCCCCUCUAGUUCUCGCUCAUCCCGCACAUACAAACCACUCAUCCUCUGGGUCAUAUACAGACGGAAUCAGAUAAUUCAUCAGUGACCAUAGGUUUCAGGUCUUCGUCUUUUGCACGCUCCCUCCUACACAGCCUCUCUCCGGCAUAGAAAGCUACCCUAUCGUUCUUUGAAUUUUUUCCCUCCCGCCUGACCAGCGGUCGCUUCUACCCCUACCUCCACCCCCGCUACCAACAAACUCACUCAAUUCGUCAUCACCUGCACCGCUACAACCCUCUCUCUCUCUCUUACCAAAACACUUUUUUCUUUGCUCAAUCCCGCUCAGAUCCUUUCUCAGCCAACCUAUCCACUCACAUAUCAAAUCAAAAUUCACAAAGUUUCUCGAAUGACCAGCAACACUUCGAACAAUACCUCCAUCCCUCAAGCUCCCACGAUCAAUUCAACCGUUUCAAACCAAUCGGCUCAUCAACGGACGUCUUCCCUCAGCAGCGGUCAGAACUCGUCCUCUGCCGCUGUGACGGCCAGCGCCCCCACCCCGCGUUCUGUGUCGUACGCCGCCCGUGCCGCUCAACCAGCCAAUACAUCUAGCAAGUUUGUAUCGUCGCCCGUAAUCGCAGCCACGCCUUCCUCGUCUUCCACCGGUGGAGCACCAGUACAGAAUGUACCGCCCAGCUCAACAGCAUCUACGCCGGUGAACGGCAAGAUAUCCCCUGCUGUUGGAAAUGCUGGAGCUGGCAUUGCGAAUGGUGCCCCUGCUCCUUAUACUGCGGGUCCGCAUAGCCGAAAAUCGUCCGUUGCGUCUGGAGCCAGGGGACCAGCAAUACCUAACGGAGCACAGAGGAUUAAUAUAUCAUUCGGCACUCUGAACGACACUGGAACUGCUCCCUCAUCGGGUCCCGCCAAUGCAGCUACUAAUCCUUCUUUGACUGCACCAAUGGCACCCAACCCGAGAACAAGUUCACCUCAGCCUCCCCCAUCAGCCGCCUCGCAACCGGCCGCAAGUGGUGGGGCUCCGCCGGUCGCGCCCGCAACUGUUGGCAGGGGUAAUAUCCAGUUUGGCGAUGCAACGCAAGGCCAGAGUCAGAGGCCCACUUCAAUGCCUCCCCAAGCUCCGGGAUCGAUGCUUGGCCAUCACAGACGCGAUUCCGCCCAAUCCGCACACACUGAAACUGGCUCCCCACAAAUUAGCCACGGCCGAGGAGUCCCUGGUGGUCGGGGCCGGAAUCAGGGAUAUGGCGCGGGCCAGUACCCACAACAGCAACAUUAUGGUGGCAACAGUGGUUAUGGGAGAGGUGGUGGCUAUCCUGGCCCAAAUCAGCCCCGUGGCGGGCUGGCAAAUAUGGGGCCACAAUAUCAAGGGCCCGGACCGGCAAAUAACUAUCAAAACCGGGCCCACCGUGCCGGCGGAAGUCCUGCCAUUCCGCAUGCUUCCCCUAGUCUCGCUAGCGUCCAGCCCAUUCCUACGAACCAGCUCUAUCCGGGGUUUAUGCCUCCUGCAGGACAACCCGUAAGUACAUCCCUUUCGCGAUGCAAUUGGUGAUGGAUUACAGCGGGCAAAGAAUUUAAAAUAACCUUUGCGUAGUACGGAAUGCCUGGACAGAUGCCAGGUCACAUGGCUUAUCCAAUGGAUCCAAAUUACUAUUCGGGCGGCUAUAUGUAUCAUCACCCAGCCACCCCAGGCUACGGGAACGUGCCGCAAACAAGCCCCCGACCCUCCUUCCAACCGAUGUCUUCACCAGUGCCCCCCUAUCUCCAACCUUUUACACCAGGUGCUCCUAUGUCCCGCACCCCAAGCACCAACAUGGAGAUGCAUUCCGCGAGGCCUAACUCAAGCCUCGGACAACCGCCUACGCCUUCACAUACACCUCAGCCCAUCAAUAUGCAACCACCUACUCCUCAGCACCCGUCGAAUACUUACGCAUAUCCUCAAAAAAAGAGAACCCACAAAGUUGAGAUCAAGAACCCAGUUACCGGGUCUGUUGUUCAUUACGACGAAGUUAAGCCCCCAUCCACUACUCCACCGGUUGUAACCACCGCUCCAUUGAUUGUUUCUUCCCCCAGCCCGGCGCCUGGCCGGACUCUGUCUCGUGAUUCUCCUCACACUAGACCGGCAAGUAAAGUCAAGAGCGAGCAAGAGAAGAGAGAAGAGAUGAAAGUUUCAGUCCAGAAGAGGAUGGAGGAGCAAAGGAAGCAAGAGGAACAGAUGCUCGAAAAACAACGUCUAGAGGCUGAGAAGGUUGCCAAGGAGGAGCAGGAGCGCCUUACCAAAGAGGCAGAAGAGAAGAAAAGGCGUGAGGAAGAGGAGCGCCUCAGGAAAGAGGAAGAAGAGAGACUCCGUAAAGAGGCGGAGGAAAGAGCCUUGAAAGAGGAGGAGGAACGCAGGAGGGAGGCCGAGAAAGCCGAAGCCGCGCGUAUCGCCAGAGAGAAGGAAGAAGAGGCGGCCAGGGAAGCGGCAAGAGUUGCAAAGGAGAAGGAAGAGGAAGAGGCUCGGAUCAAAGCCGAGGCCGAGAAGAAGGCAAAGGAGGAGGAGGAAGCCGCAAGGGUCAAGGCAGAGGCGGAAGCAAAAGCCGCGGAAGCCUUGAAAGCAUCCUCGGCCCCGACCAUCUCGAAGACUUUCACCCCGGACAACGAAACAAUGCCUCCUCCUGCUAGCAGAGUCGUUGGGGGGAGCAAGCCGAAGCCUAGUCCUUUGAAUUUGCAAAUCAAGACAAACGAACCCGGUCCACCCUCCGCUGCCCUCACUUCUUUGAGAUCUGCAAGAUUCAUCGAGGAUAUUAACAGCGUAAAUUAUCCUGCCAACAUUCUCUCACCCAACCCCGCUCUCAACCCCGCCGCCAGUGGCAAGUUCAAAUAUCCUAAGGACUUCUUGAUGCAAUUCAAGGAUGUAUUUACCGAGAAACCUUCUGUCGAUUGGGAUCAAAAGAUGCGCGAGACCGUCGGCGAACCUGACUCCGCACGCCCCCAGACAGCUCGUAACUCGGGCGGCAGCAUGGCUCCCCGUGGCUCUACUCCGAGAACAGCGGCUUCCAGCGCUCAGCCGCCCAUGGGUGCUAUGGGCACGUUCGGAUCUUUCAAGACUGCGGCGGCUUCUAUGAUCACAUCGAACCGGGGAUUCGAGCGCUCUUCCACAACUGGGUCUCUACCUCCAGGAGGUUUGAUUUUCAAUCCCCGGUCUGGCGGUGGCGGCGGUGGCGGCGGAAGUGGUCUCAGGCGCACUGGAUCCAGUACCUCAUUGUCUGGGGGAAACACGCCUGCUAGCCCUCGAACUGGGAACAGAUCUUCGCGUGGCAGCAGCAGGAAAGGUGGUGGUGCUCCGAUGGAGAAAACUGAAUCCAAGCAAGGAUCCGGGAGUCAGCCGACUAUUCCUCUUGCUGAAGUUAAGCCACUGCCAAUCUCUGAGAAUAGAUGGAAGCCACCGAGUGCAACAAAGGCUGCAGAAUCUGCUGCUGCGUCGACGCCAUCUGAGGAUAACAGGCUGUCUCCCGAAUUGGUCCAACGUAAGGUCAAGGCGGCGCUGAACAAGAUGACUCCCGAGAAGUUUGAUAAAAUCUCAGAUCAAAUUCUUGAAAUCACUAGCCAAUCUAAAUAUGAGACUGAUGGACGAACGCUCAGGCAGGUUAUUCAGCUUACUUUUGAGAAGGCUACCGACGAGGCGGCUUGGUCUUCUAUGUACGCGAAAUUUUGCAAGCGAAUGCUUGAGGCCAUGGAUCCUAGCAUCAAGGAUGAGAACAUCAAGGACAGGAACGACAAUCUGGUUACCGGUGGAAGUUUGUUCCGCAAGUACCUAUUGAACAGAUGCCAGGAGGAGUUUGAACGAGGUUGGAAAGUAAACUUACCUCCCAAACCCGAGGGUGUCAGUGACGAAGCUGCCAUGCUUUCUGAUGAGUAUUAUAUCGCAGCAGCUGCCAAGCGUCGUGGUCUUGGGCUGGUUCAGUUCAUUGGAGAGCUUUUCAAGCUGGGUAUGCUUACAGAGCGUAUUAUGAACGAGUGUGUGCGGAAGCUGCUUGAUUUUGAAGGCGUACCCGAAGAUGAAACCGUUGAGAGCCUUGUUAAGCUUCUCAGAACCAUUGGUAGGGCUCUGGAUGCUUCUGAGAAGAGCAAGAAUAUGAUGGACAUGUAUUUCUCACGGAUCAAGCUUCUGAUUGGCGACAAGGACCUCAACAGUCGGAUGCGCUUUAUGUUGAUGGCAAUCAUAACUAAUGGCGCGCAGGAUGUUAUUGAUUUACGCAGCAAAGAAUGGGAGACUAAGGAGACCGACAAAGGCCCUAAGACUAUUCAGGAGGUCCGCGAGGAUGCACUCAAGGCACAGCAAGAGAAGGAGGCUGCGACUCGUGCCAACCAGCGAUCGCGCCCCGGUGGUGGGCGUGGCGGAGACACCAGAUCCUUCUCUGGCGGUGGAUAUGGCAAUAUACAUCAUCAGGGAGGGUGGCAGGACAACAGCAAGGUUAAUACUUCGGAUCUCGAGAAACUUAGCUCGAGGGCAAGACCGAGCAACCGCGGGCCCUCCACCUUUGGGCCUCCUAGUAUGUUUUCACGCAGUACCAGCGGUAGCGGCAGCAGAAGAGGGCUUGGGCCCUCGAUUUCUCGAGGUCCUGAAGAUUCACAUUCCUCAUCCCGCACUGCUACUCCGGCACCACCCACCUCCUCAAAAAACCCCUUCAGCCCGCUCGGGGAAUCGCACCAUGACUCUGGCGAGAUCAAUGAAGCCACUUCACCACCUUCAACUACCUCAUCCCCGCCCACUGCCAACUCACGAAUCCGUUCACCUCCUUUGAUGAAGGAGGAGGCCAAGUAAAUCGAUUCGGAGAAUUCCUAUUCAAAAAAAAAAAAAAAGUUAGGGUUUGUGUAGGCGUGGGCAAAUAGAGAGUUUAGAACGGCGUGUAUUCUCGGGGUCUUUUUUUUGCUUUUUAAAAAUAAUGUUGCCUUGUAAAUGCUUAUUGGCGAUUAGUUUGUGCCUGCUUUUCAUUAAUUUUCUCUCCUUUUCUCUUUUUCUCUCUAUUUUUUCCUUUUUCAUCUUGGUGGGAAAGAGAAACUGGCCGGCCCUUCACAGCUAUUCAUUUUUCAGAACUUUUUUUUCCUCUUUUCUUUCCUCUCUUUAACCGGAAAGGUGCGAAUAGGCGGUGUCACAAUUACGAAACGGGUUAAAAGGCGAAAGAUGAAAGGAGAAACAGUAGAAGAAAAAGGUACUCUAAUGAUAGAUAGUCUAACUAGCUACAGUACACAAUAAUGUAUCUACUGCGGAAAGGACGAACCGAGGCAUGUUGAAUGAGGGGAGGCUACCGAAACGAUUUGAGCAAUUGGGUGGCAGGGUUUUUUUAUGGCACAAAAGUUAUAGUUUUGUGGUGUCGUA